AUGCAGGAAGUACGAGCUCUACUAGGUACGACCCCUCAUCGGACAUCAUGGCCACCACUGGAUCAGCAGCCUCUUGCGAUUGAUGAGGCCUUCAAUGAAGAAACAUUUCUCAAGACACUUGAAGAAUUGUUACAGCACCAUGUGACCCGCCUCGAGCACCAUUUUCUCGUCUUAAGUACGUCUCAAAUCGCACUUUUGGCCGGCCGUCUCCAUGACGUUCUCGUGCCGACGCGAGACGCGGCAUCACGUGUAAUACAGGCCUGGACGAUACAACCACAGCUGCAACUUAAGGUCAAAGCCAGUGCGCAUCUUCAAGUGCUCAAACUAUCGACGAUUCUCCGUGAAGUCCAACGCCUUCGUGUCCAGGAGGUCCCGAGCUUCGAGACACCUUCGCGUCACAUUGAAGUGGACAUUUUUCCAUCGCUCAGGAUUCUGGAAGUUCUUCAUAUGGACGUUCAGAGGCUGCGACAUGUGCACUAUUUUGCGCAACAAGUUGAAGCACUUCAUAUUGAACACACGGAUGCAAAAAUUUUGACUCAAUUGCUCGCUCCAGACGAGAAAAAAGUGGUCUGGACAAAACUAUCGACGUUACAUAUGAAUUGCUGUACUUUGGAGCUCGUGGAUGAGUCUGUGAACUUUUUGACAGCCAUUCGAACACUGGAUCUUGGCUGGAACAAGAUUAACAAGUUUGACUCGAACAUAACCACGAAAUCACUCGAGGUGUUUAAUUUAUGUCAUAAUCAACUGAAAUUUGUACCUCCUGUACAAGCCUUACGUGGAUUAAGAGAGCUGGAUCUGGCAGUAAAUCAGCUCGUGUCGCUCAAGGGAUUGGAGACACUUAAGGCACUGGAACGAUUGGAUGUUUCGCACAAUUUGAUUGAUGAUAUCACGGAAGUCGAGUUGUUGACGAGACUGCCAAGACUUAUGUAUUUGAAGAUGGAGUUCAACCCCAUUGCACGGCGGCCAGAUUAUCGACGGGAAGUGCUAUUCUACUUGGGUGAGCCGAUUGAGCUGGACGGACACCGCUGGACCGAACCUGAGAUAAGCAGCAUGGAGCAUCGGCGUAUGUUGAUGAUGCUCGAUGACGAGAAUCAGCACAACGUUGUCGAGAGACGGCUAUGGGGACAGUCGGAAAAAGUCUCGGCGUAUCCUAGAGCUCAUGUGCCGAGUGGUAUUGUCGUGAAGAAUCCCAAGCUGGUGUUGAGUUACCCUCGGCUUCCUCAAUCUCAAGCUGUUUCUGCUCAUUUUGUAGAAAUACAAAACCCGCUGUCGGCAUAUGGAACAAUGAGCAAUCAAUCUCGAAAAGUGGGUGAUGGCGAGUCCGAGAACCGAAAUAGCAUCGUAAAGACACCUGGAAACAUCCAAGGUUCUCGCAGUACGCGACCAUCGGUCCGAACUGUUGACGAUUACUUCAGAACGCAGCGCAACGUCAUUGUGUCAAAGGUGAGUAAACUUCGUAAAGAGUGUGACGAGCAAGCUCCGAUGACUGAGGAAGAAGACAGUGACGACUCUUCGACAGAACGAACUUGGACGCCCAGUCGUAAACAUUCGACAACUAACUACAUGCGAGAGUUUGAGGAAGAAGAGUUGCUGAUGCGAGAAGGCAAUGAUAUUGACAAUGCCGAUAUGAUAGCUGCGCGUUCGACUUUGCAAACGCAGAUUCCAACCUCUCAGAGAUUUAAACGAAGCAUCAGCGUCCGCGUGCUUCUGAGUGCAAAACAGUCUGCGGUGCAUGGUCUGCACUUUGAAAUUGAUGGUGUCCUAGCGAACAUAAAAAUUAAGCCACGAAAAUUGAUCGAAAGAUUUACUGUCAGUGAUGGUAAAGACCCAAUAGCUAUCACACGGUGGCUCCCUGAUGUCGUUGCCGUUGGCACAUCAAUGCACUCGAAUCGAGCAAAGAUCAUUACGAUGAAGUUACGAUCGCAUGGAUCUCUAAACGUAACGGAUGCUGCCUACAAGUUUGAAUCAGUUGCGUCAUUGGAGACUUUGCUUUCAUUACUAGUAGCUCGUCUUCUCCAGCAGUACAAGAGCCAUAUCGUGAUCUGCAACUGUGCGAACUGUGGAGCUCUUUCGCUGCUCACGCCUAGAUACUCCGAACGAAUAGAAGCUAAGGAUCCCUUAACGGUGUAUUCCUGCUUGUUAUGCUCAAGCUGCAACGUGCGAGAAGUUUCGUUCAAGAAGCUUGUCGCGCUUUGUGCUAACGAAGGCAUCGUCAUCCCAAGCAGCAUCCCGCUAGCGCCGCCACCGUGGGAAGCAAUAACAGAAGGAUUUUAUAUCGAGGAGCCGUCGGCUACCGACUCGAGCAUGCGUGAGUGCAUGAUGGUUUCGUGUAAUAGUAUUCGCGACGUUACAGCUUCUUCCGUGGAAUUGGGCAAAGAUGAAGUACACAGCGAAGAAUGGAAUGAUGCCAUUGUACAUGCUAUGACUACGUCGAUGCGGUGA